GGGCAAGGCCCCGGGCCCUGGGCAGCCUCCAGGUGCACUGCCCUCCCUUGGGCUGCACCCUCUCCCCUUCCCUGGGGCAUGUCUCUUCUUACAAGUUAUGAGGGGCUCCGGCAUCAGAUAGAGAGACUGGUGCGGGAAAAUGAGGAACUGAAGAAGCUGGUACGGCUCAUUCGGGAGAAUCACGAGCUCAAGUCUGCGAUCAAGACUCAGGCAGGUGGCCUCUGCAUCAGCGGGUUCACCAGCGGGCUUGGUGAGGCAGCGGCAGGCCCUUCCCAACAUCAGGGUGUAUUCCUGCCCCCAGCCCCAGCAGCAGCAAAGGACCCCUGCGCAGAAGACAUGGGAAUGGUGGCACUGACACCUCUGGCUGACGUGUUGAACACCCCACAGCUCAGCCCGGCAGCAGGCUCCCUUGUGAACCCCCUGGCUGCUCCUCUCAACCCACUGCUGUCUGGCCAGAUACCCUUGUCGCAGAACAGCCAGUUUGCCAAUCUUGUGCCAUGCCCCGUGAGCAAUCAACUGACCAGUCCUAUUACAGUUUCUCCGGGGGUCACCUUGGCCAGCUCUCUGGGUUUACCCUCGACUGGACCCUUGAACAGUCAAAUGGCCAAUCCCAUGUCUGUACCUCCGGGGACCACUCUGGCCAGCUCACUGGGCCUGACCUCAACCGGUUCCUUGACAACAAGCAGCCGGCUCUUAGGCCCCCUGGCUGUAUCUCAGAGCAGCCCCAUCAUGGCUCCCCUGGCAGGCACAGUGGCAGUCUCUCUAAGUAGCCCCCUGCUCUCCUCCACAGCUACCCCUCUAGGUGUUUCUCAGAACAUACUGCCCAACACCAUAAACAACGUAGGGCUGUCAGAGGCACCAAGAGUGCGGCUGGCAGAGCCACCCCGAGGAAACCUCUCUGGAACCUCAGCCUAUGCAGGACCAGCUCCCACCUCCAAAGUCAAUGACACCCGAGGUCCACGCGUGAAGGAACAGUCUCGGAAGAAUGUCCUGGAGAUGGAGCGGAAGAUGCCCCACCGAAAGUCUAACAAGUUACCUGACAGUCCCCGAGACUCAAAACAGCUAGCCUGUGAGAGGCUAGUGGGGGAAAUCGCCUUCCAGUUAGACCGAAGAAUCCUGUCCAGCAUCUUCCCAGAGCGUGUGCGUCUCUACGGCUUCACUGUCUCCAACAUUCCAGAGAAGAUCAUCCAGGCCUCCCUAAACCCCAGUAACCACAAGUUGGAUGAGGACCUAUGCCAGACACUCACACAGCGCUACGUGAGCAUCAUGAACAGGCUGCAGAGCCUAGGCUACAACGGACGGGUGCAUCCGGCACUGACAGAGCAGCUGGUGAAUGCGUACGGCAUCUUGCGUGAGAGGCCUGAGCUGGCAGCAUCUGAAGGGGGCUCCUACACUGUGGACUUCUUGCAGCGUGUGCUAGUGGAAACGGUGCACCCCAGCAUGCUCACCGACGCCCUCCUGCUGCUCUCCUGCCUCAACCAGCUGUCCCAUGACGACGGCAAGCCUAUGUUCAUCUGGUAACACCGGUGCCCGGCUGGCCCAGGUUCACUUCGCCCUGCAGGCCAUUGUGCAUGGCCAUUAAAGUUUCCCACAGAC